AGUCACAUCAUGCAUUUAUGAAGCAUAGACUAAAUGGCUCUGUUUAACAACUGGAUGAUAUUUAUGUUCUUCCAAAUUCCAAAUGCGAUUGAUCUUAGCUGGUAUUUGUGUAGUGCAAUGUUUGUUGGAGUUCAGUUACCUUGCUAAAGAUUGUUCAUGCUGUGCUGGUCUGUUGGGUUAUUGACAAAGCAGAGACAAAUCAUUUAAAUGUUUUUAUUUCAUGUGUCUUCCAUUAAAGUUCUCAUCUGAGGACUAAUUUCUAGCUGUCCCUGUUGAUCAGUUUGGAAUUCGGGUCUGCUGUCAAGAUGAAGAGACUCUUCCUCUGUCUCUCAGUGUUGGUUAUGUUUUGGUCUGACAGGGCACUCUCCAAAUCAGUAUUUUCUAACAGCCCUAAAGCACACAUGCUCCUCCGUUCAAGAAGAGCUAACACUUUCAUGGAGGAACUAAAGCCUGCAUCAUUGGAGCGCGAGUGUAAGGAGGAAGUCUGUGAUUUCGAAGAGGCGAGAGAAAUCUUUCAAACAAGGGAGGCGACGCUGGAAUUCUGGACUGUGUAUAAAGAUGGAAACCAGUGCAUCUCAAACCCCUGUGUUUAUGGAAAGUGUGUGGACUUGUUUCAGGAUUACUCCUGCAACUGCAAUCCUGGGUUUGAAGGGAGACACUGUGACCUACCUAGCACAGCCACUAACUGCUCUGUGAACAACGGGGACUGUGAUCAUGAUUGCCAUAUGAAAGAGGAUGGCCUCGGUCGCGCAUGCAGUUGUAUUGAAGGAUACAAACUCCAAGACAACGCUAGAAAUUGUGCUCCCAAAAAUGAGGCAUCAUGCGGCCAGAUUCAGAUUGUAAGAUCAUCCUUUUCUAGUAAGCCUCUUAAGGGGUUACAGCCAUGGGUUAUGGGUGGUACUGUUGGUAAAAAGGGAGAGAGUCCCUGGCAGGCUCUUAUACUAAAUCAUUUGGGCAGGUUUCAUUGUGGUGGAGUUCUGAUUGAUGAAAACUGGGUUCUCACUGCUGCUCACUGCCUAGAGACAAGCACACGUUUCUCUGUCAGACUGGGUGACUAUGACCGGUACAAGCAUGAACAAACAGAACAAACUCUUUUGGUCAAACAACACAUCAUGCACCCCCAAUACAACCCGGUCACAGUGGACAAUGACAUAGCUCUGUUGCAGUUGUCUGGACCAGCAAAACUUUCCCAAUACAUACUUCCAGCAUGCCUUCCUAGCCGCAACCUUGCAGAACGGAUGCUGCAUCGCAAUGGCACAUUGACAAUAGUCACUGGCUGGGGAAAGGAUAAUGAGACAGCACAACGUUUCAGCUCAACUCUCAACUUCAUGGAAAUUCCACUUGUAGACCAUAAAGAGUGUUCCAAAUAUAUGAUGAACAAUCUGACACAGAACAUGUUAUGUGCUGGUGUGCUGGGGCAGAUCAAAGAUGCUUGUGAGGGGGACAGUGGGGGUCCAAUGAUGACGCUGUUUCAUGAUACGUGGUUUCUCAUUGGUCUGGUGUCCUGGGGAGAAGGCUGUGGGCACAGAAACAAACUUGGCAUCUACACUAAAGUAUCCAGCUAUUUGGAUUGGAUAGAUAGUGUUCGUCAAGGGCAGGGUCAAGCUUAGGUCCCCAACAUGUCUUCAGAUCAUCAUAAAAAUGUGCUUAAAUUGUUCCUAUUACUUUCAGUAAAUAAUUUACAUGGAAUGCACAUUGUUGCAGUUAUUUCACUGUCUGCAAGUGAAAAGAAACUAGACUGUCAGUAAUGUAGUAAAUAUUAUACAUUCCUUGUUUUAUUGGAUUAGAAUUUAUACAGAAUAUUUGCAUAUUGUUAUUUUCAAGUAUUAUGCAAUAAUGUGAUUAUGUUAGUGGUAAGCAGAGAAAUGAAAAAAUAAAUACAGUACAACACGA